CCGAUCCGGAGCGUUCUUACGAGCCUGCCGACUAUCGGCUGCUCACCGACAUCUUGGGCAUUGAAGAUUAUCUCGGUGACAUGGACUUCAAGAUGGCCGGUACCAAAAAAGGCAUCACCGCGCUACAGGCCGACAUCAAGAUUCCUGGGCUUCCACUGAAGGUUGUCAUGGAGGCCAUUCAACAGGCCACAGAGGGAAAGUCUGAGAUCCUCAAGAUCAUGAACGACGUGAUCAGCAAGCCGAGGACGCAGAAGAAAGACAACUGGCCUGUCUCUGAGAGGUUGGAAGUUCCAGUUCACCAGCGGGCACGCUUCGUUGGUCUCGGAGGCCACAACCUGAAAAAGCUCACUGCUGAAACAGGUGUGCAGCUGUCAGCGAUCAACGACACAUGCUUUGAGAUGUUUGCACCAAACCAGGACGCCAUGAAUGAGGCUAAGGAGAUGGUCGAGCAGUUCCUCAAGGAAGAGCGUGAGCCAACGCUAGAGUUUGGUGCAGUGUACACAGCCAAGAUAGUCGAGAUCAGGGAGUCGGGUGUGAUGGUGACACUGUAUCCAACGAUGACACCGACGCUUCUUCACAACUCUCAACUCGACCAGAGGAAGGUUAGCCAUCCAAGUGCCUUGGGUCUCGAAGAGGGCCAGGAGAUCACCGUCAAGUACUUCGGCCGCGACCCCGUGAGCGGCAAGAUGCGGCUUUCCCGCAAGGUGCUGCAGACUCCUCCGUCCAGCGUCAUUCGAAACUUGUCCUGAGGCGAGGCUUGAUGGCCGGAAGCUGGUACAUAAUUACCCGCGCUUCCUUCAUGGCCAGCUUCGCUCAUAUUUCGGUGGAUCAGCUGCUUAUGCUGCGUACCCGUGUAAAUUAUGUCCACGGCAUCCCGAGUGGGACCUUCUGGUAUAUAGCUGUAUAUAACAUCACUGUCAUAGGAAAAAAAAGCAAAAACAAACUGUAUAGGAAAUAAAAAUUGA